UCUCGGAACUCGGUUUUCUCGUCUAUAAAGUAGGGGUAGCAGUACCCACUUUAUGGGAGAUGAAGUGGUAAUACGGUGAAGAGCAACGCAGGCAGGACCCACUCCAUCGAAAGCACCGAGUCAGUGGUCACCUGCCGCCCCUGUCCUCUCGAGCGGAAUGCGACACCCGCCGCCCGGGCCCCCGCCGCGUCAGUUUCCGCGGCCCGCCCCGCCCUUUGUGACGUCGGGCGGCCUCGCACCCCCUGACUUGGCCCGUUAGAGGCCGCUCGGUCCCGGGAACGCGGGCGGAUCCUCCGGGGCCAUGAGGCAGCUAGCCGCCGGCUCCCUGCUCUCACUCCUGAAGGUGCUGCUCCUGCCUCUGGCACCGGCCUCAGCCCAGGAUUCCACUCCGGGCAGCCCCCUCUCUACCACAGAGUAUGAGCGCUUCUUCGCGCUGCUGACCCCAACCUGGAAGGCGGAGACCACCUGCCGGCUCCGCGCCACCCACGGCUGCCGGAACCCCACCCUCGUCCAGCUGGACCAGUAUGAAAACCACGGCCUGGUGCCCGACGGCGCUGUCUGCUCGGACCUCCCUUACGCCUCCUGGUUUGAAUCCUUCUGCCAGUUUACUCAGUACCGUUGCUCCAACCACGUCUACUAUGCCAAGAGAGUCCGGUGCUCCCAGCCAGUCUCAAUCCUCUCACCUAACACUUUCAAGGAGGCAGACACUUCCCCUGACCUGCCGCUUACCAAGAUGACCUCCCCCAUGUCAUCCCACAUCACAGGCACAGAACGACAGUUCUUCCAGCCCUGGCCAGAGCGACUUAACAACAACGUGGAAGAGCUGCUGCAGUCCUCCUUGUCCCUGGGCAGCCAGGACGAAGGGCAGGAGCACAAGCAGGAACAAGGGCAGGAGCACAAGCAAGAGCAAGGGCAGGAGCACAAGCAGGAGGAGGGGCAGGAGCAGGAGGAGCAGGAGGAGGAGCAGGAGGAGGAGGGGAAGCAGGAGGAAGGACAGGGCACAGAGGAGGCCCUGGAGGCAAGGUCUGGGCUGCAGGCAGACUCCGAGUCCAAGCUCCAGUCCGAAUUUGUCUCUUCCAAUCCUUUCUCCUUCACUGCCCGGGUGCGGGAAGUGGAGUCUACCCCCACGAUGAUGGAGAACCUCCAGGAGCUCAUCCGAUCAGUCCAGGAAAUGGAUGAAAUGAAUGAUAUCUAUGAGGAGGAUAACAUUCGGAAAGCCCAAAGCACCGGCAGCCUCCUGCAGCUGCCCCACGUGGAGGCCUUGCUGACACUGUGCUAUUCGAUUGUGGAGAACACCUGCAUCAUAACCCCCACAGCCAGGGCCUGGCAGCACCUGGAGGAUGAGAUCCUUGGUUUCGGGAAGUCGGUCUGUGACAACCUUGGGCGGCGACACAUAGCUACGUGUACCCUCUGUGACUUCUGCUCCCUGAAACUGGAGCAGUGCCACUCAGAGGCCAACCUGCAGCGGCAGCAGUGUGACAUCUCCCACAAGACGCCCUUCAUCAGCCCCCUGCUCACGUCCCAGAGCAUGUCCAUUGGCACCCAGGUGGGGACCGCAAAAUCAGGCCGCUUUUACGGGCUGGAGUUAUAUGGUGGGCUGCGCAUGGACUUCUGGUGUGCCCGGCUGGCCACCAAGGGCUGCGAAGACAGUCGAGUCGCCAGCUGGCUCCAGACUGAGUUCCUCAGCUUCCAGGACGGGGACUUCCCCACCAGGAUUUGUGACACAGAAUACGUGCAGUACCCUAACUACUGUGCCUUCAAAAGCCAGCAGUGUAUGAUGAGAAACCGGGACCGGAAGGUGUCCCGCAUGAGAUGUCUGCAGAACGAGACGUACACGGUCCUGACCCAGGCCAAAAGCGAGGACCUCGUGCUUCGAUGGAGCCAGGAGUUUAGCACUUUGACUCUAAGCCAAGCCGGAUGAGCUGGUCUCCAUCCUGUCCCCACCCCAGCCCCACCUUUCCACAUUCUCCAUUGCUUUUAAAUCCCAGGCUGCCCCUUAUGGGUCUCUUAUCUGGCUCCAAUUCAUGCUUCCCUUGGGUUGGAUCAGCAGUCCCAGAGAAGACCAUGAUGGGGACGCCACCCAUCUUAAAGGAUGUCUUUACAUAAAGUGUUUAUUUUCAA